UCGAGCGGUAUCAAGAGAGGUUUAUCGUUCAAUGAUGCUUCCUUGACGCACGACUUCAACUCUGGCCAGGUGAGCUGGGCAUACAACUGGGAUUCGAGCUACACCGGCACACUCCCAAGCGGGGUGACGUUCAUACCCAUGCUCUGGGGGACGUCCUCGGAUCACACCAGCCAGUGGUCCGCCAAUGCCAACACGGCCAUCCGCAAUGGCGCAGAAUAUCUACUGGGGUUCAACGAGCCCGAUUUGUCCACACAGUCUAACCUCACCCCCCAAGAAGCAGCCGCCGCAUGGAUGCAGUACAUGCAGCCCUUUGCAGGCAAGGCCAAACUCGUGUCCCCCGCCAUUACCAACGGCGCUGCCCCCAUGGGCGAGACCUGGCUCAGUGACUUCCUGUCGGAGUGUAGCGGCUGCACAAUCGACGCCAUCGCGAUGCACAUAUACGACUCGGCGACCAACGAGGCAUACUAUCAAAGCUACAUUUCCGGUCUCGCUUCGAAAUAUGGCAAGCCUGUCUGGGUCACAGAGUUUGGUGCCACCGGCACAACAUCCGCGGAGGGAACAUUCCUCGCGUCGAUGGUUGAAUAUCUGGACGGUCUGAGCGGCGUAGCUGCAUACGCAUGGUUCAUGGACGAGGCAGGCAAUCUUGUC